AUGCCCAUGCAGGAGCCCCAGAGGAGGCUACUGGAUCCUCUCAACUCCACUCGCACAGCCACUCCUUACCUCGAGCUAUCUGCCAACCAGACUGGACCCUGGUGCCUGCAGGUAUCCAUCCCAGAUGGCCUCUUUCUCAGCCUGGGGCUGGUGAGCUUGGUGGAAAACAUGCUGGUGGUGAUUUCCAUUGCCAAGAACCGAAACCUGCAUUCCCCCAUGUACUACUUCAUCUGCUGCCUGGCCUUGUCUGACCUGCUUGUGAGUGUAAGCAUUGUGCUGGAGACCACUGUCAUCUUGGUGCUAGAGGCAGGGGCCCUGGCCACCCGGGUGACUGUGGUACAGCAGCUGGACAAUGUCAUCGACGUGCUCAUCUGUGGCUCCAUGGUUUCAAGUCUCUGCUUUCUUGGAGCCAUCGCUGUGGACCGGUACAUCUCCAUCUUCUAUGCACUGCGCUAUCAUAGCAUUGUGACACUGCCCCGGGCACGGUGGGCCAUUGUGGCCAUUUGGGUAGCCAGCAUCUUUUCCAGCACUCUUUUUGUUGCCUACUACAACCACACAGCUGUCCUACUUUGUCUUGUCACCUUUUUUCUGGCCACGCUGGCACUCAUGGCAGUUCUAUAUGUGCACAUGCUCUCACGGGCACACCAGCAUGCUCAGGCCAUUGCUCAGCUCCACAAAAGACAGCACCUUGUCCACCAAGGUUUCCGACUCAAAGGUGCUGCCACCCUCACCAUCCUCUUGGGCAUUUUCUUCUUAUGCUGGGGCCCCUUCUUCCUGCAUCUGACACUCAUCGUCUUCUGCCCAAAGCACCCUACCUGCAGCUGUUUCUUCAAGAACCUCAAUCUCUUCCUUGCCCUCAUCAUUUUCAACUCCAUUGUUGACCCCCUCAUCUAUGCCUUCCGAAGUCAGGAGCUCCGCAUGACACUCAAGGAGGUGCUGCUGUGCUCCUGGUUCAUUGGCACCCUCCGCUGCGGGAAACGAGCCCGCCGCGCCCCCGGCCGGCCCCCCCUUCCCCCUCGCCGGCCGGGCGGGGUGGCGCCGGGGCGGCGGGGCCCCCGCCGCAUUGUGCGGGCGCGGCGGGCGGAGCGCGCUCGGGUGCCGAGGCUGCAGAGCCCCGCCGCUCUGCCGCAUUCGGGGCGCGGCCCGGGGAUUGGCCCGCCGCGCGACGUCACCGGGGGCGGGGCCGCGCCUAUAAGAGCUCGCGCCCGCGGCCUCCGGGCCUCCGCAGCCCGCCCGGCAGUCCGCUCGUGCCCGCACCGCCCGCCCGACGCAGCCAGUAUGAGGGAGAUCGUGCACAUCCAGGCCGGCCAGUGCGGCAACCAGAUCGGGGCCAAGUUUUGGGAGGUCAUCAGUGACGAACAUGGCAUAGAUCCCAGUGGCAACUACGUGGGGGACUCGGACCUGCAGCUGGAGCGCAUCAGCGUCUACUACAACGAAGCCUCCUCUCAUAAAUAUGUGCCUCGGGCCAUCCUGGUAGACCUGGAGCCUGGAACUAUGGAUAGUGUGCGGUCUGGGGCCUUUGGACAUCUCUUCAGGCCUGACAACUUCAUCUUUGGUCAGAGUGGGGCUGGCAACAACUGGGCCAAGGGUCACUACACAGAGGGUGCAGAGCUUGUGGACUCAGUCCUAGAUGUUGUGCGGAAGGAGUGUGAGAAUUGCGACUGCCUACAGGGCUUCCAGCUGACCCACUCACUGGGUGGGGGCACGGGCUCGGGCAUGGGCACGCUGCUCAUCAGCAAGGUACGGGAGGAGUACCCUGACCGCAUCAUGAACACUUUCAGUGUGGUGCCCUCGCCCAAAGUAUCAGACACUGUGGUGGAACCCUACAACGCCACGUUGUCCAUCCACCAACUGGUGGAGAACACAGAUGAGACCUACUGCAUCGACAAUGAGGCCCUGUAUGACAUCUGCUUCCGCACUCUGAAACUGGCCACACCCACCUAUGGAGACCUCAACCACCUGGUGUCAGCCACCAUGAGUGGAGUCACCACCUCCCUCCGCUUUCCUGGCCAGCUCAAUGCAGACCUCCGCAAGCUGGCUGUGAACAUGGUGCCCUUCCCCCGCCUGCACUUCUUCAUGCCUGGCUUUGCCCCACUCACAGCCCGGGGAAGCCAGCAGUACCGUGCCCUGACGGUGCCUGAGCUCACCCAGCAGAUGUUUGAUGCCAAAAACAUGAUGGCUGCCUGUGACCCCCGCCAUGGCCGCUACCUGACAGUGGCCACUGUCUUCCGUGGGCGCAUGUCUAUGAAAGAAGUAGAUGAGCAGAUGCUGGCUAUCCAGAGCAAGAACAGCAGCUACUUUGUUGAGUGGAUCCCUAACAAUGUCAAGGUGGCCGUGUGUGACAUCCCUCCUCGCGGGCUCAAGAUGUCUUCCACCUUCAUUGGCAAUAGCACAGCAAUCCAGGAGCUGUUCAAGCGCAUCUCAGAGCAGUUCACUGCCAUGUUCCGGCGCAAGGCCUUCCUGCACUGGUACACCGGUGAGGGCAUGGAUGAGAUGGAGUUCACAGAGGCCGAGAGCAACAUGAACGACCUGGUGUCUGAGUACCAGCAGUACCAGGACGCCACUGCUGAGGAGGAGGGCGAGAUGUAUGAAGAUGAUGAUGAGGAGUCUGAGGCCCAGGGCCCCAAGUAAAGCCACUCGUAGCUGGAGUGUGGAGCCAAGUGUCAGCCAGGGCCAAGACAAGCAGCCCUCUAGCUGCUGACACCGCUCCCCAGCUUUGCUUCCUACCAGCCUGCCAUGGCAUCAUAGGGCCUCCCGGGUUAAGUCCUUCAGCAUUUAUGGCCAUCCCCACCCAACCUGAGUCCAUUCAGCUCUGUCCUCCCCACGUAGGCCACUUCCUUUCUGUGUUGCCCAUUGUCUCUUGGUUUUAUUGUAGCUCCAAGCCUGAUGUUUUAUAGUUUGUUUUGUUUUUUUUACUGAUGUAUGUUUAUAUUUUGGGGGGGAUACUUAAUAAAUCUAUUGCUGUCAGAUA